CAAUCAGAACAAGGAAAGCAGGCGUGUCCGUCUGGUCUGCCACAGCUCCUGAUGAGGUGGAUCCAGACCUUCGACCGUGUCAUGAAUGCACACAGGAGGAACUUGGAUCAGUUGGAAUGAUCUUUCAGAAAUCCCUCAGUGCCCACGCUGGCAUCGGAUGGCUUUAUGGCUUGGAUGGGCCGGGAACGUCAUCCUAGCAGCAGCUGUGAUCGCGCUUGGUGUUUGGGGUCAGACUGGAAGCCCGAGAACAACAAAUGGAAUUGAAUGUAAUUCCAGCCCGAAGGAUUCCCAGUCUUGUUCGAAUCAAAAUUUGUAUCCAAAGCCAGACAACAACUCAACAGAGGGCUGUGGAUGCAAACUGUGCCCUGCUGACUGGCUGCUGCACAAGAACAAGUGCUAUUGGGUCUCUAAAGAAAGUAAAACCUGGAGUGAGAGUCGUGAGGACUGCUCAGCGAAGAGCUCUCAGAUCCUGGUGAUCCAAGACAAGAAGGAGAUGGCGUACGUACUGAGUAUUCCACAGCUGAACCUGGUCUGGCUUGGACUCCAGGUUCCAUCCCCAGAGAGGAAAUGGACCUGGGUGGAUGGCGCCACGUUCGAUGAAACACUGUUCCAGCUAACAGGCACUGCUGACAGGGAGAGCUGUGGGAUGAUCAAAGGGAACCGCACUAUUUCGGAAACCUACACGGCUGUAGCUAAAUGGAUUUGUGAGAAAGUUGCCCUGAAAUAAGCAGUCACACCAGUGAGCUGCACUUGCGUAACUGAAAUGGCGAGCACCCUUGCUUAUUUUCUAAAAGAAAAACAUAUUUGCUAAUUAAAGAAUUCUAAAGCCUCCGA